AGAGACAUUUUUAUUUUAACUUAAGCAGCCUAUAAUUAUUAUUUAUUUUCUGAUCCAAACCUGUGUACUGGACUAAAUGUGCACGCGCAAAGCCUCUAAUCUGAACAUAAACCUCAUUUUAAAGUGAUCCGGAUGGUUUGAAGGAUCAUUUGGAUAUUUAACUAACUUUAUUGUGCACUGUUAACAAUUUUUAGACUUGGACAAUCGGUUUGUUUGGACGUGUGGUUUUCCCCCCCAAAAGAAGACGCAAACUGAGUGUCGGAACUUACUCUGAAGCUGUGAACGCUUAUUUUUAUUGUUUUCUUGUCCCUGUGGAUAAUGUACCAGGAGUUCUGCAGCAGCAGCGGCGCGUCCCCGGUGACUGUGGACUCGUUCACGAGCGGAACAGGCGGCAGUCCGAUCUCAGCCUCCGGAUACCAGAAGUACAGAGUUGACAUGCCUGGAUCUAGCAGUGCCUUUAUUCCAACCAUUAAUGCCAUAACCACCAGCCAGGACCUGCAGUGGAUGGUCCAGCCAACAGUCAUCACCUCUAUGUCUAAUCCGUACUCACGAUCUCACCCGUACGGCCUCCCGGUGCCCAGCGGUCCCAGCCUCCUCAGCCACACAGCCCUCACUCGCCCGGGGGUUAUACGCUCCAUCGGCGAUGCCCGAGGACGACGCAAGAGAGAUGAACAGUUGACACCAGAAGAAGAGGAGAAAAGGAGAGUGAGGCGAGAAAGGAACAAGCUGGCUGCUGCUAAGUGCCGUAACCGUAGGCGAGAGCUGACCGAAAUGCUGCAAGGGGAAACCGAGAAGCUGGAGGAGGAAAAGGCCGACUUGCAGAAAGAGAUCGAGACGCUCCAGAAGGAGAAGGACAAGUUGGAGUUCAUGCUUGUGGCUCACAACCCUGUGUGUAAACUUCCUCCUGAGGAGCGUCACCAGAAUUCCCUACCUGAGCAGUGCGCCCCUCUGCCGCUAACGACCAUGCGUCCUAACCUAGUAUCCCGGUCGGUGCUUAGUACCCACAAUCCUAUCGUAGUCAAACAGGAGCCCAUGGAGGACAGUGAGGAAGAGGAGCAGGUGAAGAGCCAGCACUCGGUCAUCAAGCCCAUCUGCCUGGGUGGUGGGAUGUACUGCUCGGACGGAGACAGCCUCAACACUCCUGUGGUUGCUGCUUCCACUCCGGUGUCCACUCCUAACAACCACAGCCUCAUAUUCACUUACCCCAACAUGCUGGAGCCCGAUAGCCCUUCGCCCUCCUCGGAGUCAUGCUCCAAAGCCCACCGGCGCAGCAGUAGCAGUGGAGAUCAAUCCUCAGACUCACUCAACUCCCCCACCCUGCUGGCUCUCUGAGAAACACAUCUCAGCACUCGUUCCUUAGCCCUUUCAGCUCAGCACUUCUCACCAACGAGUCCCUUAGAUGGGACGGACCCAGAACCUCAUCUCUACGGAGCCGAGAACUCUCAAGGGCUACCUUGCUCGAUUUUAUUUAACCAUCUCAAAAGGGAAAUGUCUUAUUUUGUGUGUUUGUGACUCUUUGUUUGCCCACAAGCCAUUUCAGCUAUGAGAUCAACCCGAGCUGAAAAAAACGAACUGAAAAACAUGAGACUCAAACGGCGAGAAGGACAAGAGGUGAGACCUCCGGGCACAGAAUUCAAAACAGUCUUUGGGGGAACAACGUAUUUUCUGUUUGUUCACAAACGUUCAGGACAGUAAAAGUCAUCGAGGAGACGUGUGAAAAGUCACAUUCCUGCUCGGUACACAGUUUGGGAUCGGACACUACAGAAUCAAGCACAUGUCUUCAAAACCAGCGUGACAUUUACAUGAUUCACCUUUUUGUAUUUAUGACCUGUGUUUAUAUUGUCCACUUGUGUAUUGUGUCCUGCUGAAUUCCUCAGUGUCUGACAGAAAAGAAACAAACAUGUAUUAUUAAAGGCUGACCUCUUCAACUCUUUAUCUCUACCUGGCAUGUUCUAAACAUUUACAUUACUUUUUCUAUGUAUAUUAAACACACAAACACACUUCGCUGAAGUUAAUGUCAGGGAUCUUUUUUUUGUCUGUGUGAUUGAGUCACACGAGCAUUAAUGAAAGCAAUCAAGUCAGAACACAGGAGUGUGUACCUGAAGACAAACUCUAGCCAUAUUAGGUUCAGCCUCAAACCCUUUACACGGCAAUACUGCUUUUUAUUGGGGCAGACACUGUGGUAUUAAAAAUGGAAAUGAUGAUUUAUGUAUUACUUUUAUAGUGUACUUUUAUGGCUUGAUCAAUAAAUUCUCUGAUCUUUU